AUGAUAUUUAUUUCAAUAGUUUUAUCAUUCAUCCCUUUUGUAUAUGCUGAUGUUCCCCUUGACGUUCCCAAAUUUUCAAUUGAUCUCGAUCGUCAGCCGAUUGAUCGAUGGUCCGAUAUAAUACCGAAUUUUGUACAGCCAAUGAACGAAUUCAACGAUGCAAUUCGCGCUCAAAUACCCAAAGCUUACAUCGAUGUUGCUGAAAUCGUUGCCAGCCGAUUAGAUCAACAUAUUCCUCAGCCGUACCACGAUGAAAUCUAUUCCAUUGCUCAAGCAAUAUCCAUGCCCGUCGCUGAUAUUGUUCUAAUUAACCUUGUUUAUGAACUGCGUACUUUUUGCACGAGUUUACUCGUUCGAACAUCAAACGGUACGAUAAUUCAUGGUCGAAAUCUUGAUUUUGACUUGAAUACAGAUCUGCUUCGUCGUCUCACGUUCCAAGGAAAUUUCUAUCGUCAAUCAGACCCAACAUUUACUUACGAAUCGAUUCAUUUUGCAGGCUCAAUCGGUUUGUUAACGAGUUCACGUUCCGGAUACUUUAGCUUAAGUAUCAACCAACGUGUGGUCGAUGACAAGGAUUGGUGGAUGAAUGCUUUAAUGUCCAUUUUACACUUUCAUUCUCUACCCUUGUUUAUUAUCACCCGUUCGAUUUUUGAUAAUCCUCUCAUGUCUUACCAAGAUAUGAAAGAUACACUUCAGUAUCAACAUCUCAUUGCGCCAGUCUAUUUUAUCAUAACAAAUGGUCGUACGUCAGGUAUGAUUAUCACACGUAAUCGUCUGAAUUCUAUCCAUCCGAUCGAAUUGAAUUCGACACUUGUACAAACGAAUUACGAUCAUUGGUUAGAAAGAGAUCCGAGACGAGCAACAGCAGAAGAUAUUCUUGGAUCAUUCAAUUCAACACAAAUGACAUCGGAAAAUAUCUUCGAUAUCGUUCUCUCAGUCAUACCUGUCUUGAACAGACUCACCAUCUACACUGCGAUUAUGAAUCCUGGUGAAAAGCAAGAUAUUCUUGCAAAGAUUCGCACAUUAAAACCUCGUUAA